AGGCAUCGCCGUGCGAGCGGCGCCCCGUGUGCCUCCUGCGGCCCCGGCCAGCAGCCCCGGGCCGGGGCAUGGAGGCGGCGCACAGCAUCCCCGUGCUCGACGUGCUCCGCCGCUUCGGGGUCAGCGAGAGCUGCGGGCUCAGCCCGGAGCAGGUCCGCCGCAACCGGGAGAAGUACGGCCCCAAUGAGCUCCCUGCAGAAGAAGGAAAGUCCCUCUGGGAGCUGGUACUGGAGCAGUUUGAAGACCUUCUCGUCCGCAUCCUUUUGAUGGCAGCUUUUCUGUCCUUUAUCCUGGCCUGGUUUGAGGAAGGAGAGGAGACCACGACGGCGUUUGUGGAGCCCAUUGUCAUUAUCAUGAUCCUGAUUGCCAACGCUGUGGUGGGGGUGUGGCAGGAGAGAAAUGCUGAGAGUGCCAUCGAGGCGCUGAAGGAGUAUGAGCCCGAGAUGGGGAAGGUGAUCCGCGCCGACCGCAGCGGCGUGCAGCGCAUCCGCGCCCGCGACAUCGUCCCCGGGGACAUUGUGGAGGUGGCAGUUGGGGACAAGGUGCCAGCAGACAUCAGGAUCAUCGAGAUCCGCUCCACCACCCUGCGGGUCGACCAGUCCAUCCUCACAGGGGAGUCGGUGUCGGUGAUCAAACACGCUGACCCCAUCCCUGAUCCCCGGGCUGUCAACCAGGACAAGAAGAACAUGCUGUUCUCUGGCACCAACAUUGCAGCUGGGAAGGCCGUAGGCAUCGUCAUUGCCACGGGGGUGUACACCGAGAUCGGGAAGAUCCGCAACCAGAUGGUGGAGACCGAGCCCGAGAAGACGCCCCUGCAGCAGAAGCUGGAUGAGUUCAGCCAGCAGCUCUCCAAAGUGAUCUUCCUGGUGUGCAUCGCCGUCUGGGUCAUCAACAUCAGCCACUUCAGCGACCCCGUGCACGGCGGCUCCUGGUUCCGCGGCGCCAUCUACUACUUCAAGAUUUCGGUGGCGCUGGCGGUGGCCGCCAUCCCCGAGGGCCUCCCCGCCGUCAUCACCACCUGCCUGGCGCUGGGCACACGCAGGAUGGCCAGGAAGAACGCCAUCGUCAGGAGCCUGCCCUCCGUGGAGACCCUGGGCUGCACCUCGGUCAUCUGCUCUGACAAGACGGGGACGCUGACCACCAACCAGAUGUCCGUGUGCAGGAUGUUCAUCAUGGAGAAGGUGGAGGGCAGCCAGUGCAGCCUGCACGAGUUCAGCAUCACCGGCUCCACCUACGCCCCCGAGGGACAGAUCCUCAAGGACGAGCAGCCGGUGCAGUGCGGGCAGUACGACGGGCUGGUGGAGCUGGCCACCAUCUGUGCCCUCUGCAAUGACUCCUCGCUGGACUACAAUGAGUCCAAAAAAGUCUAUGAGAAGGUGGGGGAAGCCACUGAAACAGCCCUGACGUGCCUGGUGGAGAAGAUGAAUGUCUUCAACACAGACCUCAGCAAACUCUCCAAGGUGGAGAGAGCCAACGCCUGCAACUCAGUGAUCAAGCAGCUGAUGAGGAAGGAGUGCACCCUCGAGUUCUCCCGGGACCGCAAGUCCAUGUCCGUGUACUGCACCCCCAGCGGGCCUGGCAACAACUCUGCUGGCAGCAAGAUGUUUGUCAAGGGCGCCCCGGAGAGCGUCAUCGAGCGCUGCACCCACGUGCGCGUGGGCACCGCCAAGGUCCCGCUGACGGCCCCGGUGAGGGACAAGAUCCUGGGCAGGAUCCGGGACUGGGGCAUGGGCAUGGACACGCUGCGCUGCCUGGCCCUGGCCACGCAGGACGCGCCCGUGCGCAGGGAGAGCAUGCAGCUGCACGACUCGGCCGCCUUCGUCCACUACGAGAACGACCUGACCUUUGUGGGCUGCGUGGGGAUGCUGGACCCUCCCCGCAAAGAGGUCACCUCGUCCAUCGAGAUGUGCCGCAAGGCCGGCAUCCGUGUCAUCAUGAUCACCGGGGACAACAAGGGCACGGCGGUGGCCAUCUGCCGCCGGAUCGGGAUCUUCUCCGAGAGCGAGGACGUGUCUGGCAGGGCCUACACGGGCCGGGAGUUCGAUGAGCUGCCCCCUGAGGAGCAGCGCCAGGCGUGCCGCGAGGCACGAUGCUUCGCCCGCGUGGAGCCCGCGCACAAGUCCCGCAUCGUGGAGUACCUGCAGUCCUUCAACGAGAUCACGGCCAUGACAGGUGACGGCGUCAAUGACGCUCCAGCGCUGAAGAAGGCAGAGAUUGGCAUCGCCAUGGGGUCGGGCACGGCCGUUGCCAAGUCAGCUGCUGAGAUGGUGCUCUCUGAUGACAACUUCUCCACCAUCGUGUCGGCCGUGGAGGAGGGCAGAGCCAUCUACAGCAACAUGAAGCAGUUCAUCCGCUAUCUCAUCUCCUCCAAUGUCGGGGAGGUCGUUUGUAUUUUCCUGACAGCCAUCCUGGGCUUGCCCGAGGCCCUCAUCCCCGUGCAGCUGCUGUGGGUGAACCUGGUGACCGACGGGCUGCCGGCCACGGCGCUGGGCUUCAACCCCCCGGACCUGGACAUCAUGGACAAGCAGCCCCGCAACCCCAAGGAGCCCCUCAUCAGUGGCUGGCUCUUCUUCCGCUACCUGGCUGUGGGAGUGUACGUGGGCCUGGCCACAGUGGGCGCAGCCACCUGGUGGUUCCUGUACGACGCCGAGGGACCGCAGGUCUCCUUCCAUCAGCUGAGGAACUUCAUGAGGUGCACUGAGGACAACCCCAUCUUUGAAGGAAUUGACUGUGAGAUCUUCGAGUCGCGAUACCCAACGACGAUGGCUCUGUCUGUGCUGGUGACAAUCGAAAUGUGCAAUGCUCUGAACAGCGUCUCUGAGAACCAGUCACUGCUGCGGAUGCCACCCUGGCUCAACAUCUGGCUGCUGGGGGCCAUCAUCAUGUCCAUGGCUCUGCACUUCCUCAUCCUCUAUGUCAAGCCCAUGCCUCUCAUCUUCCAGGUGACCCCCCUGAGCUGGCCACAGUGGGUGGUUGUGAUGAAGAUCUCCCUGCCUGUGAUCCUGCUGGAUGAAGGACUCAAGUACCUUUCCCGCAACCACCUGGAUGGAGAAGAGGACAAGAAAUGAACGACCUGAGGACGACUCUGAACUAGAGGAUCCCUAACUUGUCACUGGGACUGAAGUCUUGCAUGCGUGACCAUCGCUAAAGCCAGCAGGACAUGCAUGUGUCCGACUCUCAGACAAAUGCGGGUGAAUUGUCGAAAAGAAAAAAAUCCUGAUUUUCGUUUUGUUCUGUAGCUUUCUUUUUCCUGUACAUAUGAGUGCAAUUACUGGACAGCUGGCCUAGAGUUUGGGGAUGGAGCUGUGUGGAUCUGAGUCAUUGUAAUGUGGUUGCUUGGGAUUUGUUUUUGCCAAAUUUGAGACCCUCUUUGCAAUUUUCACCCUGACUGAGUGAGCACAGGCAAGGUGGCCUUCAUGAGAGGUUAAGGCAGGAAGUUGGGAUUUGAGGCCACAUCCCCCAGUGGGAUGGGAUGCACAAGGCAGCUUCAGGGGCUGGGAAGGGCUUGGCAGUGAGUGAGAGCAGGGAGAGAGGAGAGGGAGCUGUGUUGUUGAGCCUUGAUGAUGUCCAUAGUGUUGCUGCAGCUGUGCUCUGCUCCAGUGGCUGCAGCAGCUGAGCUCCAGAGGGGUGUCCAGCACUGGUGUGAAUCUCAUGGAGGUGUGUUUACACCUCGAGGUCAGAGUGGUGGAAGGCGAAGUUCUCCCUGUUUAUCAUGCUGUCCUGUUUGAUCCCUGCAUUAUGGAAAGCCCAACACCUUCUCAGGCUCAUCCAGCACCAAGCACGAUGAAGUCCUGUCUGUUCUCCAUCUGGCAUCUUGCUGGAUCCCAUCUGCACUAUAUAAGGCAGUCCUUCUCCUUGGAGGAACAGCCAUGUAAAGAAAAGCAAGGGGAUGCCCACCUUGCAUUCCUCAUGUCCACCACUCCUUCCUGGUCACACUUUCUUUCCUCAGUGAAUUUUUAACUAUUUCCCCAGCAGUAGUACAGCUUAAGUGUUUAGGAGCACAUCCAUGACUUGAUGUGCUCUGCUUUGGAGACCAUCACUGACUUGCACAGGGUAUCCCUGCCGAGGGAUCACGAUGGCAAUGAAUGUAUGCUUGUACAUAACGUGGUCUUUCUCCAUGAGUGGUGUUUGUUGUGGCAUCCCUUUUUGUAAGGCAACGACUUUAUCUUGCCCUCUGGGGAUUUUCUCCACAGCAGGAGUCAGACAGUCUUCAGUGAGGAUUUGGUGAUCAGGAGUGGAUUUUGGGUUCCAUUAAAUUUAUCUUUCUCCAUUGAGCUGUGUCAGUUGAGAAGCUGAUAGUGGGUGGUCUCUUCUCCAGCUCUCCAAAUCCUCCCUCCUGUUUUCCUCACCAUCCCCUAGGAUCCAUCCUGAUGAUAUUCAGUUAGCCAGAGCCUGUAUCUUUCCUUUCUCUUACAUUCCAGCAACAGCACUAGAGCCAGGGUCUGGGAUGGCAUUUGCUCCUCUGCUGUUGGGUUUCCUCUUCUACUUUUUGCCUCUUCAAAGCUUCCAGUGUUUUUCUGUAUCAUCUGGGCAAGUCCAUCUCUCCUUCCAUACAGUAGGUGCCAAAUAUCAUCCCUCCUUUCUUUUCUCCAUCACCAGCAUUGAAGAUGAGCAGAGCCCCCAGACCAAUGGGAAUGUACAGAAUUGUUAUACUACUGAGCUGAUUUAUUGUACAGAAAACCUUGCAUGAAAUGUUGUUACUGUAUUUAAUAUAUAAUGUAUUCAAGAAAUUUUAAUAUGGAGCUCUUUACAAAGAUCUUUAUAGAUACUCUGUCGUUAGAAAAUUGUUGCUGAUUUUUUAAAAUCUUAUUAUACUUUGUCUUGAAGAAAUUUUAUUUUUCAAAUGUGUUCUGUCAAAAUGAUUUAAUCAGUUGAUCCCAUGGGAUAACCAAUUCCUCUUCAAAGAUUUUCACCAUGGAUGAGACCCACCCUGGUGUAGAGGACCAGGACAUGAC